AUGGAUCGGUUAAAGCUAAAGAUCGAGGAGAAGUCAACAACGUCAGUAGUAUCUGUCACUGGCGUAAGAACCAGAGCAUUAGAUAAUAUUAACAACCUGAAGAUAUCAGUGCAGGGAACUUUGAUCCUGACACAUCUACAAGUGAUUGAUUCCAAGGAUGAGUUACUACUCCUAGGAAAUGAUUGGUUCGAGAAAGUGAAAGCCCAGAUUUAUAUUGAUGAACAGAAAUUGAUAGUAAAAUAUGACGGAAAAAAGAUUAAAAUCCCCAUCACAAAUGACAAGGAAAGAAAGGUACCUGCUAAUGAAACUGACAGUAAUGAACAAUCUGAUGAUGAGGAGGUGGACAAUGUACUGAACAACAUAAUAUACGAAAAAGAGGAUGUAGAGGAGAAGAAAGGCUACUUCUCUAAAGAAGCACGUGACGGUUCUGAUUCUAACGAGGAGGCAUGCCCCGAAGAACUGGACCCUGCGGCUUAUCUAUCUCAAAUAAAAGAACCAUGA